AUGUGGACUCAGAAGAUUUUGCUCCCGUUGGCCGUAUACGCUGCAGCGUUUGUUGUUGGACAAGAGGACCGUGCUCAAUAUGCGUUGACAGAUACAGGCUCGACAAAUGGAGGCAACACUUUCCCCGGGGUUGCCCGGCCCCUGGGUAUGGUCAAGCUGGGCCCUGACCUGUACACCGGCACAGACUCAUACUCUGGUUACCAACCCACCGGCAACUUCACAGGCUUCACCAUGCUUCAUGAAAGUGGAAAAGGUGGCGCUGCCAAGUACGGUGUAGUCUCCCAGAUGCCUUCGAACCAAACCAAGAAUGUCCUAGUGGACGUCUCGCAUGUGCUGGCGUCCUACCGCGGGCAAGGGCUCGAGCAACAUUUUCUGGGUGGCAACAUCAGUGUUGAGCGAGAAGAAGACUCGGCCAGAUUCUUCUAUACAGGCUUCGGCACGUAUGAUAAUGGCUGGAACCGGGCCGGGCCGUGGACUGUCUACUUCUGCGGACGAUUCAACCAACCAUCCACUUACAAGACGUUCCUCGGUGCCGAUUUUGUAACCGAUGAUCUUGUCGAGUUUGGUGAGGAGCCCAGCUAUGAGUCCAAGACAGCCAGACUUGGAGCUGUUUUCUCCUUCACAGAAUAUUCUCUCGUCUCGAGAGUUGGCGUCUCGCUCAUGUCGACUGAUCAAGCUUGUUCCAACAUCGAGGACGAAAUUACAGAUGACAUGACUCUUGAAGACGCGAGAGAUGCUACCCGUGCUGCGUGGAACACGGAAGUCUUCAGCAAAGUCAGCACAAGCGAGACCAAUGUCACCAAACUCAAACAACUGUACACGGCGAUGUACUUCAUGCACCUGCUGCCUACGAACAAGACAGGAGAAAAUACUCUCCGGGAAUCAGACGAGCCCUACUAUGAUGACAUCUUCACCUUUUGGGACAUUUACCGAUCCCUGACCCCUCUACUUCACAUUCUUCAGCCGGAAUACUAUGAAGAGCUCAUCCGAUCCAUGGUCGAUGUCUGGCGCCACGACGGUUGGGUCUCCGACGCUAGGUCUUCCUUGCACAACGGAGCGGUCCAGGGAGGCACGAAUGGCGACAUUGUGUUUGCUGACGCCUAUGUAAAAGGGGUCAGGGGCAAGGUGAACUGGGAAGAUGCAUUCUCAGCCAUGGUUAAGAACGCCGAGGUUGUCCCUGAGAACAACAACGACCCGCGCGAUCCCACCGGCUCGACAAAGGAGGGGAGGAGUGCAUUGCGAGACUGGCUAGACCUAGGCUUCAUCACCCCACGGUUUGGGCGCUCCGUCAGUAGAGCUGUCGAGUACUCGGUCAAUGACUUCUCCCUCGCCACAGUUGCUCUCGGCCUCGGUCGACUUGGCCAGUUUCAAACUUACUACAAGCGCUCGCACAACUGGCGCAACCAUUGGAACAAAGAUAUGAGCGCCUUGAAUUUCACUGGGUUUCUUGGUCCGCGUGAUAGAGACGGUUUCAUCGCCCAAGAUCCUCUUUCUUGCGGCGGCUGCUAUUGGCAGGACUUCUACUACCAGGCCCUUCCCUGGGAGUACUCGUUCAAUGCCCACCACGAUAUCGAAACCAUGGUAGAGUUGAUCGGUGGCGCGGAGCAAUUUGUCGACCGCUUGGAGAUGACCUUUACGCCCGGCGUCUCAAGCGGCAAUGCGCAGUUUGGCCACACCUUGUUCAACCCCGGCAAUGAGCCCAGCUUCCAGACACCAUAUCUGUAUAGCUACGUCAAUCGCCAAGAUCUCACCGUGCAGCGUAGCCGAUUCGUGGCCAAGUCAUACUUCCGUCCGACGCCCAAUGGCCUCCCCGGUAACAGCGACGCAGGCGCCAUGGAGUCAUGGCUGCUCUGGAACAUGAUCGGUCUGUACCCUAUGACCGGCCAACCCAUCUUCUUCAUUGGAUCGCCGUGGUUUUCUGACCUGACUAUUGACCUGGGCGCUGGCGAGAAGCUCGAGAUCACUGCAGAGGGCGUUGGUGAGACGACGUUCUAUGUCCAGAGUCUCAAAGUGAAUGGCGAGCAGUGGGACAAGACCUGGGUGAGCUGGGACGACAUAUUCGCCCAAGGCGGAAAGCUGGAAUUCGUCCUGGGCAAGGAGCAGACCGAAUGGGCAACGGGCGAUCGUCAGCCCAGUCCAGGCAGCCACUCAGUUGGCGAGGCCAAGAAGCUGAUAUCAAGGUAUCUGCCUGAAGAGUAG